AUGGUCAAAUAUGCAACACAUGAAGCUCGAAAAGCAGAACAGAAAAAGAUUGAUGAGCAAACUCCCAAUCUUUCCUAUGAUGAAGCUACACGGAAAUUCUUGAAGGGUGGUGGUGUCCGUCCUUUGAAAAAGUCGGACUGGUGUUGCCUUUUCUGCGGGCACGAGUACAUUGACGAGCCAGCCUCAAAUGCAAACAAUGAAAAGAAAUUUCUAGCAGAGAUCCGCCAAUACGAGCAAAAGCAACAAGCAGAGGACUCCCAAAAUGGCGGAGCUGGAAACAACAACUCCAAAUUGAAAAAACCGAAAAUGCCAAAACCCUACCAGUUGUGUCAUUGCCAUAAGUUUCGCUGUGUUGGACCGUCAUCGUUGGGUUCUACAUGUCCUAUCAAGUGCAUCAACCCAGUGACUAAUCAGCGCUAUCCAAUUGUCGAAGGCAAAUGCACGUGUCCUUUGUGCAAAUGCAUUUGCCAAAUUUCCUACGCGGUCGGAGCAAGUGAACACCUCACAUUGAAACAGCAACUCGACGAUUCGGCCAUGGAUCAACAGAAACAGCUCGGGGUUCAAGCUUCCCGUCAGCGUGUAUCCUUCUUUACGAGCGAGUCCAUGAAUCAAACUCUGACAUCCAUAGCCAACAACCGUGGUGCCAGCAAAAUGAGUCAUGCCGACGUUGCAAAUCUUGCUAAAUCUAAUGCAGCUCGCGCCGUUGCUCACAUGUUCGAUCCAACGAACAACAAACCGUAUUUACAAGAAAUGAGAGGAGAAAUUGGACGUCCCACCACCAAAACUCGAUUGCCUGCUCCUUUGAUGUACGGUGGAGUGGAAACUGCAAAUGGUAAGCUUUCUUCGCUACAGCUUUGA